UCAUUUCUCUCACCUCUUCUACAAACAUCUCUCAUCUUCUCAAGCUGUAAGUCUCUUUUCUUCUUCAAUUUCUUUCAUUUUCCUCUUGUAUUUGUUUGUAUACUUAGGUUGGAAUAGGAUCCUUAUCUGUUAAUUACAUUUUACUAUAUUAACAGACCUGUAUAUACAUAAUUGUUAUUUUAGCAUUACUCUAAUAAAUCUCAUUUUUACCAACUCAAUACCAUAUUAAAGUAUAUUGAGACUAUAUCUUAGGUAUAAAAAUCAAAUCUUGGGUAUAAGACCGGCUCUUCUGGUCUUAAAUUCUCAAGUCUUUUGUUUGAUUUUCCCAAAAAAGUUGGGUCUUGAGUACAAAGGGUUGUGCCUUCCAUUGAUUACGCGCAAAAGGCUUGAUUCUUGGACUGAAUUUUAAGAUAUUAUCAAGAAAAAUGAAGACUGGGAGUAGCAUUGGGAUUUCCAGAAUGAAACCCUGUUGUAAUAUAUUGAUUCUUGGGAGAAAUUCAUCUGUGUUUGGAUACCCGCAUCCUAAAGGGGGUCAUUUUACUGAAUAUAAUUUGUCGAAAUCACAGUCGAAAUCGUAUUGUUUGAUGAAAAACAAGUGUUUUUAUAGCAUUAAGAUAUUAGGAUUUAGGAGUGUCAUUGACUCGAAUCGGAGGGUUUUUUGUGGCUCUGGUUCAAAUUGGGGUCAGUCUAGGGUUCCUUCAGUUAAUUGGGGGGAGAAGAACAAUAAAUUUUUAAGUGUAAUAGCAAAUGUAGCUUCAAAUACUAGGAACCAUUCGAGUUCUGUUGAACCCCGUGUAAAUGAAAAUAGCUUUGAGAAGAUAUAUAUUCAAGGUGGUUUCAAUGUGAAGCCCUUGGUAAUUGAGAGAAUAGAGGAGGGUCAAGACUUGGUUGGAAAAGACGAAGGAGUAGAAAAGGAACAUAAGUCAAAGGUAGACGAUGGGGCAAAUGCAAGUACGGAUCAGUUUGGUAAAGCCGAGGUUUUGGAAUCGAAACCCACGAGACAUUUGUCGGAGGUGGAGAAGGAGGCUUGGGAGUUGCUUCGAGGAGCUGUCGUGAACUAUUGCGGAAACCCUGUUGGGACCGUAGCUGCUGCUGAUCCAGCUGAUAAGCAGCCGCUGAAUUAUGACCAGGUCUUUAUUCGAGAUUUUGUGCCUUCAGCUCUUGCAUUCUUGCUAAAUGGAGAGGCGGAAAUAGUGAAGAAUUUUCUGCUCCACACUCUGCAGCUACAGAGUUGGGAAAAAACUGUAGAUUGCUACAGCCCUGGGCAAGGGUUGAUGCCAGCAAGUUUUAAAGUUAGGACUGUGCCUCUUGAUGGACGAGUUGGAGAAUUUGAGGACGUUUUGGAUCCUGAUUUUGGUGAAUCAGCUAUCGGGCGAGUUGCACCUGUUGAUUCCGGAUUAUGGUGGAUUAUUUUAUUGAGAGCCUAUGGGAAACUCACGGGGGACUACACAUUGCAAGAGAGAGUGGAUGUGCAGACUGGUAUAAGAUUGAUACUAAAUUUGUGUUUAAGUGAUGGCUUUGACAUGUUCCCGACUCUCUUGGUCACUGAUGGUUCCUGCAUGAUUGAUCGGAGAAUGGGCAUCCAUGGCCACCCUCUUGAGAUCCAAGCUUUGUUUUACUCUGCUUUGCGCUGCGCGCGGGAGAUGCUCACUGUGAACGAUUCAACCAAAAACCUUGUCGUGGCCGUCAAUAACCGACUCAGUGCGCUUUCAUUUCACCUGAGAGAGUACUAUUGGGUAGACAUGAAAAAAAUUAAUGAGAUUUAUCGUUAUAAGACGGAAGAGUACUCUACGGAGGCCAUCAAUAAAUUCAAUAUCUAUCCAGAUCAAAUACCUGGUUGGCUUGUGGACUGGAUUCCUGAGACUGGUGGCUACUUUAUCGGCAAUUUGCAACCUGCUCAUAUGGAUUUCAGGUUUUUCACUCUAGGAAAUCUUUGGGCCAUCGUCUCAUCGUUGAGCACGUCCAAACAGAGUGAAGGUAUUUUGAAUUUGAUCGAGGAGAAAUGGGACGAUCUUGUGGCCCAAAUGCCUCUCAAGAUUUGUUACCCUGCUCUGGAGCACGAGGAGUGGCGUAUAAUCACUGGAGGCGACCCUAAGAAUACCCCAUGGUCAUAUCACAAUGGUGGAUCAUGGCCAACACUUCUGUGGCAGUUCACGUUAGCGUGCAUUAAGAUGGAAAGGCCAGAGUUGGCUAGAAAGGCGGUUGCUUUGGCUGAAAAGAGGCUUCCGGUUGAUCAGUGGCCAGAAUAUUAUGACACUAGAUACGGAAGGUUUAUUGGGAAACAAGCCCGUCUUCACCAGACAUGGACCAUUGCUGGAUACCUGACCUCAAAGUUACUUUUAGACAAUCCACAACUGGCCUCUAUACUGUCUUGGAAUGAGGACUAUGAGCUGCUGGAGAAUUGUGUUUGUGGGCUCAAAAGUGGGAUAAGAAAGUGCUCCCGCCUUACCGCCAGAUCUCAUGUAGCCGCUGAAACCUGACCCUAGUGUGUGGUAGGCGGAGCCAUGUUUAGCAGAUAAGCUAAUUUGAUUUCAUCUCGUAUUGCUGUUGGAAACAUGACUGUAACGGCGUUGUUGCUUAGUCUAUGACCUAAUCUGAUUUUAUACUGAAAUUAUGUUGAAAUUGGGAGUUACAUUAGUGGUAAUCAUGUUGAACA